GUCGUUAACUCGUGUCGAGCUCGGCUACAGGACGUGGCUGCCGACGGCGCCAAUGAGCCGGAUAUGAAUUAUUGACUAGUCCCGGUCUCCACUCGAGCCAUUAGCCAUGCCAAGCUCCGGAGGAGGUGGCUGAGCUUAGCUUGUCGAUUCUUAGCUCCGACCUGCGCUGGAUUCGAUGGAUUAUGCGGAUGGCCUGGCGGUUCUGGGCCCAUACUAGACAUGGUACACACUACACCCAAGGUACUGUAUAAAAUGCUGCACACUUCCAGCCGCCGUCAAGAUGGAAGAAUAGGGAAUUCCAUCGCCACAGUUGUCCUUCUUUCCCCCUCUUCCUAGUUUUUUUUUUCGUUUUCAACCUUACGCUCUUUCGAACACUCGCUCCUUUCGCCAUCAUGAAGCGCAGCGCGCUCCUUCUUUCCUUCCUUCCCCUCGCCUUGGGAUGCGACAGUCCCGAGAGCCAUGCCUGUGCCUCCAUCUACUCGGUGUCAUCCGCUGCAGCUGCCAGCUUCUGUGCCACUUUCACGGCGAGCUCGGUGACCGCCACGACUGAUGUGCCGGACGUCUUCCUCUCCAACUGCGACUACAAGACUAAGCACCUGUCGAGUGCCUGCAGUUGCUUGGGCACCGCCGACGCAUCUUCUCCCGCAUCGACCUCGGCAGCCUCCUCCAGCAGUCAGGGCAAGGCCCCUCCUGUUGCAGCCACUCGGACUUCUGCGGCUGCGACCACCUUCCAAACCACCGCCGUUCGCGUGGCAGUGUCUACCUCGGCAGUGGCGGCUGCGACUACCCAGGCCCCCGUACCGGUGCAGAGCUCCGUCGCGGGCAAUGGAGGGACGACUUGCACGGUGACCGAAUACGCCUCGAUCUCCUCGGCCGUCGCAUCCUGCUCCAACAUUCUCCUGUCCGGCGUCUCUGCCCCGGCAUCCAGCACUAUCGAUCUCACGGGUCUGCAGACCGGCGCAGCGGUCAUCUUCGCUGGUGAAACCACCUUCGGUGACACCUAUGACGAUGACUUCGAUCCCAUUGUCAUCUCGGGUACCGACCUGACCAUCACUGGUGAGGAGGGACAUGUCAUCAACGGCAACGGUGAAGCCUACUGGGACGGCGAGGGAUCCAAUGGUGGACAGGACAAACCCGACCACUUCAUUGUCAUCAAAGACAUGUACAACUCCAGCAUCCAGAACCUCAACAUCAUGAACUGGCCCGUCCACUGCUUCGAGAUCGAGAACACCGAGUACCUCACCAUCUCCGGCCUGACCCUCAACAACUCGGCCGGCGAUGCCGCCAACAGCAAGAGCGACGGCGACCCGGCCGCCCACAACACUGAUGCCUUCGACAUCAAGCAGAGCGACUACCUGACCCUUUCCAACAGCUGGGUGCACAACCAGGACGACUGUGUGGCCGUCACCAGCGGCACGGAGAUUGUCGUCGAUAACCUUUACUGCUACGGUGGCCAUGGUCUGAGCAUCGGCUCCAUCGGCGGCAAGAGCGACAACACCGUCAACGGUGUUACCUUCUCCAACUCGCAGGUCGUGAACAGCGAGAACGGCUGCCGCAUCAAGAGCAACGCCGGUGAGACAGGCGAGGUCUACAACAUCCGCUACGAGAAUAUCACCCUGUCCGGCAUCACCGACUACGGUAUCGACGUCCAGCAGGAUUACGAGAACGGCGGUGCCACCGGCGACCCGACCAACGGCGUCAAGAUUGAGAACGUCACUUUUGUCGACGUCACUGGUACCAUGAGCGACGGCAAGGACUACUACAUCCUCUGCGGUGACGGCAGCUGCUCCAACUUUGUCUUCACCGAUGUGGACAUCACCGGUGGUAGCGACGACAGCUGCAACUACCCGUCCAGCGGAUGCCCGUAAGGUGCUACGUGGACUUCUCUGGGGUAGGACUGUGAAUGUAUAGUAUCAUCUUUUUCAUCUUCUUAUUUCUGAUGCUGUCGAUCAGCGGAUUUAGCUUAGUGUAAACCAACUCAAUCAAGGUUUAUGUGUUUGUG